GGCUCCAAUCCCGAGGCUGGGUGGGGCGAGGCCGGGUCCCUGACGCGGGCGAAAGGACCCCGGGCCUGGGGGCCACUGCACGGGCCGCCUGGUCCUCGCGCCUCCGCUGCCCAGUGAGUGAACACCGGCCGCAGGCGGGUGGGGGAAGGAUCAUCCCGGCCACGUCAGCCAGCGGGAUCUCCUGCGCUCCGGGCUUGCCAGGCCGCGCUGAGCGCCCGCUCCUCGUGAGCGCCGGCCCUUGGCUCUCGCACUGCCCCUGGUGCUGAUAGGUGUUGUUUCCCAUAAGGAAGCUCUUCUUCCUGCUUGGCUUUCACCUUUAACCCUUCCACCUGGGAGCGUCCUCCAACACACUCAAACUACGAGUCCAGACCCAAGAAAGCAAGGCCCAGAAAGAGGUCAAGAUGGGGUUUAUAUUUUCAAAAUCUAUGAAUGAAAACAUGAAAAAUCAAAAGGAGUUCAUGCUUAUGAAUGCUCGACUUCAGCUGGAAAGGCAACUCAUCAUGCAGAGUGAAAUGAGGGAAAGACAAAUGGCCAUGCAGAUAGCAUGGUCUCGGGAAUUCCUCAAAUAUUUUGGAACUUUUUUUGGCCUUGCAGCCAUCUCUUUUACAGCUGGAGCAAUUAAAAAAAAGAAGCCAGCCUUUCUGGUCCCUAUUGUUCCAUUAAGCUUUAUCCUCAUCUACCAGUAUGACUUGGGCUAUGGAACCCUUCUAGAAAGAAUGAAAGGUGAAGCUGAGGACAUACUGGAAACAGAAAAGAGUAAAUUGCAGCUGCCAAGAGGAAUGAUCACUUUUGAAAGCAUUGAAAAAGCCAGAAAGGAACAGAGUAAAUUCUUCACAGACAAAUGAAAUCGUGUUUACCAGUCAAAUCUCAAAGCACAGAAUUAUUAACUUGAAUCAUGGUUCUUACGGUUUUUUAAAUGCUCAAGAUUUUGAUAUUAUAGAUUUUAUUUUAAAAUAUUAAAAUGCAAGAUGAGUUUUGAGCUAUUUUAAAAUAAAAUUUAUAACAUUCAACACAAAUCAUGGAGGUGCUCUAACUUUCAGAUUUCCUCUCUGUGUGCAUUACAGAUAUCUAAGUGUAAAAUUAAUAAAUUGUUUUGAAUUCCUGGAA